AUGGAAUGUUUUCCUAAAAAAUCUGUAGAAACCCCUGACGUUCAGAUCUUCCAUCACGCGCUUUCUUCUCCUGUUGUUUUCUCCAUUGUAAGGUCCAGUCCAGAAAAGUGUCGGUCAUCUCCAGUGGACAGUCCGGUAUCGCAACGCAGUGAGGACGAAGUAUCAACAAAGAGUCUUGACUCACACGACCUUUCGGCUGACCACCUUUUGUCAGACUACCAAAAAGAAAAAUUCAGUGAUAAUGCUUCAACGAAACUUUCUUCUGACUGUGUUUGCUAUUUUCCCCACAAAAAUAACAAUUUGAACGUUAACGACUGUAUCAGAAUUCCUAGUGACAGUAAUUCCGUCGUGCACGGCUCUAGUAAUUUCGUAAAACCAAGCAAGAACCGAGGUGGACUACCAGCUUCUCACACCGUUACUCGAAAGCGCCGAAUAGCCGCUAACGCUCGUGAACGACGCCGAAUGCAUACUCUUAAUAUCGCAUUCGACCGCCUUCGUGAAGUUGUACCGUCAAUCGGAAACGACAAAAAACUAUCGAAAUACGAUACUCUUCAAAUGGCUCAAAGUUACAUCACCGCUCUAAGUGAAUUGCUCAAUAAAUAA